UUCGUGAACUUAUGGAGCAAACUCCGCAAUUUCAGUCCCUCGAAAUUCUCACUACCUCCACCACCUGAGCUCUUCUCCUCCUCUGCAGAUGGCGCCGGUUCCUCUUUCCGCCAUCUCCGGCCGCCGGAGCCUCACAUUUCCAUGGCCGCCGCUGCUGCUGCUGCUGUUACCAGCGACGAUCUUCCCUGCUCUCACAUUCGCCUCCCCCUGCCGGACCUCCUGCGGCAACAUUCCGAUCAAAUACCCCUUCGGAGUCGACGACGGCUGCGGAGCCCCGCAGUUCCGCCGCAUGUUCAAUUGCUCCACCGAUCUCUUCUUCCUCACUCCCUCCGGCAGCUACAAGGUCCAAUCCAUCGACUACGACAAGCAAUCCAUGGUGAUCUACGAUCCGGCCAUGUCGACCUGCUCGAUCCUCCAACCGCACCGCGAUUUCGCAAUGGCGGACCUCCAAUCGGUCAUCAUUCCUCCGGCGCCGGACACCGUCUUCGCUCUGCUCAACUGCUCGAUCGAUUCUCCGAUCCUGAACCACUACAAGUACCUGUGCUUCAACUUCUCCGGCCACUCGUGCGACGAGCUUUACGGCGCCUGCAACGCGUUCCGAGUGUUCCAUCUGUUGACGAACAGCUCGCCGCCGUGCUGCUUCACCGGAUACGAUACGAUGAAGUUCAUGAGCAUGAACAUUCUGGAUUGCUCGCAUUACACGACGGUGUUGAAUACGGAGAAUCUGAAGGGCGUAGGGCCUUUGGAUUGGAUUUACGGGAUGAAAUUGAGCUUUUCUGUUGCGGAUUUGGGAUGCGAUCGCUGCUCCAAAUCGGGAGGGACCUGCGGAUUUGAUACUGAAACCGAAGGAUUGCUCUGCCUCUGCUCCGUUUCUUCCAAUUAUACCAGGGAUUGCGUUGGUGGGAACUUUACCGGCGGAGGAUAUAAUCGAGCUCCGGCAGCACUCAUCGGAGCAUUCAUCUUUAUUUUGCUAAGUAUUGCUCAACUCACUCUCAACUCUUAAGCCAUUGGCAUCAAAAUGUGGUACUAAUUAUUUGGUGAUUAGACAAUGUUUUUCCUAAGUGGAAAAAAUUCUUAGAUUUGGAUUUUUCUUUUCAAGAUGUUUUAUGAGGAGGGGAUAUCAAAGCAAAAGGGUCCC